AAUAAUAAAGGGCAUUAGAAAUGUGUCUUGUGCAUGUGGCCCUGUCAAUCAUCCCAGUAUGUUCCUCUGUUCUACACCAUUCUCUGAAUGGUGCGAGUGUACAUGUGACCGUACAACAGAGACCAGCCCCCUCUCGGUCACUCAGCUAUCUCUCUAUUUCCUUCCAGUGGAUCCAGCGACUGCAUUUCCAAGUACUUGUCCCAAAGAUCCAGAUCCAGAGAUCUUGGAUCUUUGAACCCCAGAAGAAACUGCUCUUCUUGGGUGUAUACGAAUACAUUUUUUAUAAACCGUUUUCCUGUACUUGUGUGAAGGAGCGACUGCAAGAUGGUAGCUUCACGUAGCUGGCUGUUGGGACUUAUUGUAACUCUGCUUUGCACUGGACCGUUCAGGGAUUCUGUGCAGGCUGAAGAAAGGCUGCAAAGUGAGGAAGCCGAGGUGCUGAGGGGUCUGGACCAUACUGGAGGUGAGAAAGAGGAGGUGACUGAUGAGGAGGACGGUGGAGAUGUAUCUGGAGAUGGGGAAGGUGAGGGAGCUGAAGAUGAGGAAGAUGGAGAGGAAACUUCUGAGGAAGAGGUGACCCCAGAAGAGGAGAUAACUAAGGAGGCUGAAGCUGCUGAGGUUGAAGAGGAGGAGGUAGAAGGAGCAGACGAAGAGGAAGUAGCAGAGGGAGAUGAGGCAGAAGGAGUAGAAUAUGAAGAGGAAGCAGCAGAGGAAGAAGAAGAAGAGGAAUACACAGAGGAAGAGGUAGAAGUAGCAGAGGAGGAGGAUACAGAGGAAGAGGAAGAGGAGGAGGAGGAGGAGACUGAGGAAGAGGAGGUCGAAGUAGAGGAAGGAUUAGUAGAAGAAGAGGAUUCAGCACAACAGUCAAAAGAGGAAGAAGAAACAGCAGCAGAGGAUGAGGGAGCACCAAGUGAGGAAGAGGAAGAGGCAGAUGAGGAAAAGGUAGCUGCUGACGAAGAUAAUGAGGAGGCUGGAGAUGAUGAAGAUGAAGAAACCGUAGUUGAAGAUACUAUUGAAGAAACUGCCAAUGAGGAAAAUGAAGAAGCAGAAGAGUUGGUCUCCACGAAGGAUGUAAAGUAUAGCUCAGGCUCUUUCUGUGCCAUUUGUUCAGUCUGUGAGCACUGCGGUAUCUGUGUCAGAUGUCCCUGUGAGGAAGGGGACGCGUCAGCACACUGCAAUCACUGUGAAGAUUGUUCCUACUGUUACAUUUGUCCUGCGAUCUGUGAAACAGUCUGCCAGCCAGGUGGAAUUCUCGAUGUACUGAGUGGUUCUCUCUACCAGACAGUAAACACCUUGCUCUGAAUACGUUCAGCAUUCUUUACAAUGCCAUCUCUUGGUGAACAGAGGAACUACAGACUAGCGUUCAAAUCAUUCACCUGAAGGCUUGUCUAUUUGACUACCAACAUCUGGGUUCUGGGAGAAACCUAAUGCUUACCAUUUAAUGGCACUUUAAAGGUGACUUUACAGGCUGCAUUAAAUGAAUAACAAAUAUGGUUAGUAGGGCUACUCAUAUAAGAUUUCACAAUAUUACUGUAUUUUUGAUCAAAUAAAUGCAGUCUUGGUGAACAUAAGACUCUUCUUUCAAAAACAUAAAAUCUUAUUGACCCCAAGCUUUAGAAUGUCUAUGGAGUAACUUGCAUAGAAUAAAAACAGUAGUAACAAAAGUUCAGGUCAACAUGAAUGUGUCAAUUCUGUCUGCACACCUAAAAUCAUAAAAUGUCAUUCUGGUUUCAGAUUAAUCGGUGUCAAUUUAAAUAAAUAUGUAUAAUUUAUGAGUGUGUCAAUAAACAGAUACACUAUAUACAAUAUGAGUUUACUCACCCUCAAGUUGUUCCAAACAUGUAUGUAUUUCUUUCUUCUGCUAAACACAAACAAAGGUAUUUUGAAGAAUAUAGCUAACCAGUUUCUGGUCCCCACUGACUUCCAUAGAAUUUUUUCCCCAUACUACGGAAGUCAAUGGGAACCAGAAACUGUUUGGCUACCCAUAGUCUCAUACAGGUUUGGAACAACUUGAGGGUGAGUAAAUGAUGAUGAAUUUAAAUUUUUGUGUGGUGAACUAUCACUUUAAUUUAGGACAUAAUUCAUGUUGGGAAAUUGAACAAAUGCAAGAAAUGACACACCUGCACAUCCUGAUGAGACACAAAACAAACAAACAAACAUAGUAGUGUUUAUUGCACAU